UCUGAAACAUGUCUGGUCGUGGCAAAGGCGGGAAGGGCCUCGGGAAAGGCGGCGCCAAGCGCCACCGCAAGGUGCUCCGCGACAACAUCCAGGGCAUCACCAAGCCCGCCAUCCGCCGCCUGGCCCGGCGCGGCGGCGUCAAGCGCAUCUCGGGGCUCAUCUACGAGGAGACCCGCGGGGUGCUCAAGGUCUUCCUGGAGAACGUCAUCCGCGACGCUGUCACCUACACCGAGCACGCCAAGCGCAAGACCGUCACGGCCAUGGACGUGGUCUACGCGCUCAAGCGCCAGGGCCGCACCCUCUACGGCUUCGGCGGCUAAUUUCCAACCCACUAAGAACACGGGACGCUAGAAAUUGUUGGAGACCCCAACAGCCACUGCCAGUAAGAAAAUGAGAACAUCUGCCCUACAAUCAAAAUAAUUUUGCCGUCUACAAUCCAGUUUGGAAGUCGAUCCUCCCUGAUCAAGCGAUCUGAGACACACACACACACACACACACACACACACACAAACACACUAUUUGCACAGUCCUGUCCUGGCUAACUUUUGUACAGCAUCCAUGGGCCAAAAUCACACAAAUUACAAAAUACACAUUUUUGUUUGGGUUAAAUUUGAGUUGGUAACAAGUAAGAUGGCCUGUGAACAUGUUAUGUUUUAUGUAAAAUUAAAGAUGUGAUGAAAUAAAAGUGCAUUUUUACUACUAGAAGAUUCACAUGUAAGUUUUAAAGCACAGGUUUAUUUUACAGCUAUGUAGCCUUCACGAUGCAUAUAACUUUUCUGAACUUGCACAUAUAUCGUUCAUGUAUCCUUGACUUCCCUUACUAGCAAUCAACAUCAAUUGAAGAGUAAUUUUGAGUUAUCUUUAUUGUGGU